GUGUAAAUGUAGAGAUUAGAAAACUAACUAACUAGAUCAACAGGUCUACUGAAUAUAAUAAGAGGAUACUCGUAUAUACAGUAAUGGCUUAUGUGGAAGUAUACCCCGCGCUAUAGUAUGCAAUGCAGGCCUUAAGGCUACUGUUUGAUCGACGAUAAGCCUUUAUCGCUCGUGACCGCUUCUCUCAUCCCUCACAUCCAACCUUCCCACCUCCAAGCUACCAGUGACGACAGGGCAGGCAGAAGAAACACCUUUCCAUCGGUUUGUAUCCGGUAUUCUACAGCUUAUAAAAUGUUUGGCAUUAUCGCAGAUCUUCUGUCAUCUAUUGUGACCAUCUUAUUCCCGGCCUUUGCUUCCUUCAAAGCCAUCAGGUCCGGUAAUCCCGCCCAGCUUACACCAUGGCUAAUGUAUUGGGUCGUCCUGUCGGGUGUCCUGUUGGUUGAGUCCUGGACCGUCUUCAUCAUAGGAUGGUUCCCGUUUUACAGCUGGAUCCGUCUUUUCGCCCUUUCGUACCUCGUCCUCCCUCAAACCCAAGGCGCCCGAAUAAUCUUCCAAGAAUACCUCGACCCCUUCUUCGAACAACAUGAGCGAGAGAUUGAAGAAUUCAUCGGCCGAGCCCAUGAGCGCGCAAAAGCACUCGGCCUUCAGUACUUCUAUCAACUGAUCGAUCUGAUCCGCGAAAAGGUUCUGAGGCUCCCACCCCAGCAACCAGCGACUGCCGCGCCUCCGCAAGCUACCGGUGCUGCGGGAUACGCACAGUCGUUACUGUCUCGCUUCAACCUGCCAUCCGCCAUUGCGAGCAACGCACCAGCUACUGGAGGAGAUUUGUACUCGUUGGUCACAUCGGCCAUGACGGCGAUUACAUCAACGGCCCAAACCCGCGAGGCGCAAGCAGAAGAGCUGUCCGCCAGUGGAAUCCUGCAUUCCGACAAAGUCGCCAGCCUGUCGCGAUCUGAGAAAGUCGAUUUCUACUCGUCCCAGCGCGAGAGACUGCAGGUUCUAGUGGCUGCGUUGGAGAAAGAGGAGAGAAAAUUCACGUCGGACGAGGAUCUCGCCUAUGGCGCGCCAGGCGGACUACGAAAGAAUACGAGCGAGCAUUCGUUUGAUCAGAUCGACUCGGAUGAUCUCAGCGGAAAUUCUACGCACGAGGGAUGGACCAGUGGCUGGUUUGGAGGCCAGUCGGCAGCAACCAAACGGACUGUGUCUGGAUCGGCGCGCACUGAAUUUGCAGCACGGGCAGUGGACGAGAUUAGUCGAGCCUCAGGCUUUUCGAGAUAGACUAUCAUUAUGUAUUCAUUUUCUGGCAUCAUAAAAUUGACACUAUUCCACAGGG